UUAAGUCUGAGAACCAACUCAAACACUUGAAAAGAAGAGCUCCACCAUAAUCUUCUCUAACCGAAUUCACGAUCCUUGAAGAUGGUUUACCUGAAUAUAGUGUGUGCUGUUAUAGCCUCGCUGCUCGGGUUUGUUUUCUUGUGCAGUCUAAGACGACAGAAGAAGGCCAGAGCUCAUCAAAAUGGGAAUUGUUUGAAGAGCUGUGAAAAUGGAACGUGCGACGAUGCAAAGAUGGUUGAAAGUGCAGACAUUAUCGUUGUUGGUGCUGGGGUUGUUGGUUCGGCGCUCGCUUACACUCUUGGAAAGGAUGGGCGCCGAGUGCAUGUGAUUGAAAGGGACUUGAGUGAGCCAGAUAGAAUCGUCGGCGAGCUGCUGCAACCAGGGGGAUAUCUCAGAUUAGUUGAGUUAGGCCUUGAGGAUUGUGUAAAUGAGAUUGAUGCUCAACGGGUUUUCGGAUAUGCUCUUUACAAGGAUGGAAAAAGUACCAAGCUGCCAUAUCCUUUGGAAAACUUCCAUCCUGAUGUGGCUGGGAGAAGCUUUCACCACGGGCGUUUCAUUCAAAGGAUGCGGGAAAAAGCUUCAUCUCUUCCCAAUGUAAGAUUGGAACAAGGAACGGUGACAUCUCUACUGGAAGAAAAAGGUACUGUCAAGGGGGUGCAGUAUAAAUCCAAAGGUAGUGAUCUAGAACUCAAUGCACACGCGCCUCUCACAAUAGUAUGCGAUGGAUGCUAUUCAAACCUACGGCACUCUCUCUGCAAUCCUAAGGUCGAUAUACCUUCUUGUUUUGUUGGUUUGGUUCUGGAGAAUUGCCAGCUUCCAUAUGCAAAUCACGGGCAUGUAAUAUUGGCAGAUCCUUCGCCGAUAUUGUUUUAUCCUAUAAGCAGCACCGAGAUUCGUUGCCUUGUUGAUGUACCCGGCCAAAAAGUACCUUCUAUUUCUGGUGGUGAAAUGUCUCACUACUUGAAAACAAAAGUGGCACCCCAAGUUCCCCCUGAGCUGUACGCUGCUUUUAUGGCUGCCGCGGAUAAAGGAAACAUAAAAUCAAUGCCAAACAGGAGCAUGCCUGCUGCUCCUCGUCCCACUCCUGGUGUCCUUCUGAUGGGGGACGCUGUCAACAUGAGGCAUCCUCUAACUGGAGGAGGCAUGACUGUGGCUCUUUCAGACAUUGUUGUUCUUAGAAAUCUUCUAAGACCUCUGCACAAUCUGAAUGAUGCACCUGCCCUUUGUAAAUACCUCGAAUCCUUCUAUACGCUGCGCAAGCCUGUGGCCUCAACCAUAAACACAUUGGCAGGUGCACUAUACAGGGUAUUUUGUGCAUCACCUGAUCCGGCAAGGAUGGAAAUGCGCCAAGCAUGUUUCGAUUACUUGAGCCUUGGAGGCGUGUUCUCGAAUGGACCUCUAGCACUUCUUUCCGGCCUAAACCCGCAACCAUUGAGCUUGGUUCUCCACUUUUUUGCCGUGGCUGUCUACGCCAUUGGGCGCUUGCUACUUCCAUUCCCUUGCCCAAAACGCAUGUGGAUUGGAGCCAGAUUGGUUUUGGGUGCUUCAGGAAUCAUAUUCCCCAUAAUCAACUCUGAAGGAGUGAGGCAAAUGUUCUUUCCUGUGACAGUGGCAUCAUACUACAGAACUCCUCCUAUUAAUUAAUUAACAUGAUGAAAAUUGAAAAAAGAUGUGUUUAGCUUUAGCAGAUGUUCUUCCGAAAAAAUUAAAUAAAAUCUUAAUUCAAUUC